CUAUCAACAAAUGAUAAACCUCAAUAAGCGCGUGCGGCUGUAUACAUACGUGCACGCGGUCAAGCUGAAAUGGUACGAACAACGUCGGCUCAGUGUGGAAAAGUGCUUAUGGAGGAAGUAUGAAGAUUAUUUUCUGAUAUACGCGAAGGACGCGAACAUUAAACCAUCAUCCACGCGAUGAUGACGUGGCCCGCGAUACACCCAACUAAUCGCACUUGGCUGCCGACCAGUCGCUCCAUGUGUAUCCACUGUGUGAAAAAAGCUUGACCACACAUUCCAACGCGAAACACAAGUUGUCACGAUGCGUGAUACGCACAGCACGAGCUAACGGUGUAACACUGUGGUGGGUAUCGGUGUGCAUUGCUCUAUUUGGUAACAGGAUACAUGUACGGAUUGGCAUGUCCGACGUGUACGCUAAUUAGAAAAAUAACGAGACCGAAAAAUUCGGAUUAGAAAUUCUCUGCACGGGCCUUAAUGGCGAAAUCUGGCAGUUUUUAAUGGUGAUACAAAGAGAUCUUCUUGCCAUUGCUGAAAUAGGAUUAACUAGUUAAAGCAGCUCAUUGUUAAUGUAAAUAAUAAUUUUGCUACUUUUUUGAUGGGCCAUAGUAUUAUGAAUAGUAUUAUGAAAAUGCGCAACUUUAAACCAAAUCUAUGGAUUGUAUUAUGUAUCAGCAUCCUAUCAUAUGUCUCACAAGCACAGACAAAAGGUAUCUCAUGUUUCAAAUGUCUCGAGACAAUUAUGAGGCCAGGAGACGCAGAUCUACUUUGUACUCGUUUUGAUGGAAGUGCAAAAUUUCAGACAUUCUGUCCAACCUCAACAUUCUGUAUGAAAAAAACUAUUAAAUACAGGUCUAAAACAUCUGUAGUGACCACUGUUUUAAGAGGCUGCACACCCCAGAAAUAUAUCUUUCACGCUUACAAUGAGGAUGAAAGAAAAUGGGAUAAGAAGGAAGAGGUUGUAACAACUGCUUACGAUGAAGGUUGCUUUAUCGGUGAACACAGAGGAGCACCAACUGAUCCACCUGAAUACUGUUUCUGCAGUUUUCACUUGUGCAAUUCAUCUCCCAAACAAAUUGGGAUAUUUGGUAAAAUAUAUGAGACAAUAUUAGUAUUAUUAAUAAUGAGGUUACUGUAACAUUUUUCAAUAUGUAACAUGCACUGCAUUAUUGAAAAAAAAGUUUCAUGCAUAGAUUUUCCAUAUUGAACAAUAUGCACAGAUACGAACAUAUCUUGAAUUUUUACAACAAAUUGCAAAUAUAUAAUGUAAUAUAAAGAAAACCAUAUUGUAUAUGUGGCCUAAUCAACAUAUAUGGCCAUAAGUAUAAGAUGCAUAGAAAACAACAUCACAAUUUGAAUCUCAUACUAUUUCUAUUUGUAAUUUAUAAAUAACAUGUGAUUGUAUAACUAAUAUCGCGCAAAGAUGAAGAAACUUUGUUAUAACUAGUCAAUUCUUCAUAAAAUAAUUGUCUUGUUAAAAUCAAUAUUUCUUUAAAUUAAAACUAUAGUUUUCACUAAAUAUAUCUCUAGAGACAAUCCAGAUAAUACAUUUUAUAAUUCUGCAUUCUGCAAAACUUGUAAAAGUCCAUGUAAAAACAUAAAAAUAUCUACAUUGCUUCAUACAAAUGUGAUAAAAAACAUAAAUUAUCUACAUUGCUUCAUACAAAUGUGAUAUCUGGAGAUAGUGAAGACAAGCAAAAUCAUAAAAAAUCCAUAUUGUUAUAUCUCUUAGUAAUUGGAAUGUAAGAAAUUAACCAGUGAUAUGACGUUGAAGUAAAUUGCAUUUCAUAACUUCCAACAAAAGAUACAUCUAAAUUACUAAUAUUUGAAGAUUAGAAUAAAUUUAUUUUUUUAUAACUAAUUGAGAAAACAAAAUCUAUUACUUAUCUCAAAUGUUUAUGGGCAAAAUGUACUUUAUGCAUGCAAGUACUUAAUAUUAAAACACGAGCUGUGAAUAUGUAAAUUGUAAUAUCAUAUUUAAAAUAUACUUAAUGGUAACAAAUAAUAAUUUUAAGUCUCUGCAAAUGCAUACGUUGAUAUUAUACAGUAUUUUCAUAUUAUACAAAUUCUAAGUGUAUGUAUAUAUGUCUACAAUAUAAUUAUUUUAAUACUUA